CCGCUGCUGACCACCAGAGGGCGCACCUCACCAUUCUGGCGUAUUCGUAUUUGUUCCAUCUUUCUGCAUCCAGCGAUGUGUUAGCAUGUUAAAUCACCCCAACGCUAUGUCAGGAUACACUGCUGGACACAAUGUCAUAUAUUUCUGCUGCUCUCUGCUCUCCUUUGUGCCUCCUUGCAAUGCUUUUAACGUCAGAAGCUCAGAAAAACAUAGAAGUGAUCCACACAACUUUGAACAAUUUACUGAACUGCGGGAUGUGAUUUUUGUGAUACAGAGUCAGAGAAACUCGUAUCAUACCCACAGGGCUGAACAAAGAAGAACAGAGCUUCUCCAUCAGGCUCAGACCCUAAACCAGAGUUCACCAGAUGUUGUGCUCCUGCACAAGCUGUCAGAUUACGAUGGAAACUGGAGCAUUCUUCCGGCACUGCCACGCCUUGCCUCACAGUACUGCCAAACAUCUUCAUGGAUUGUGUUUUUGGAAGAAGAGACCAACGUAAACUUGCACAACCUUGUGCAGGUGCUGAGCAAAUUCAACCCAAGAAAGGAGUGGUUUCUGGGCAGACCCCUCCAUGAUGAUGAAUCAACAAUUAUACACCACUAUGCUUUCUCAGAGGACCCCUACAGCUUCAGUUACCCUGACUUCAUGGCUGGCUGGGCCCUCAGCUGCCCCCUGGCUAAGCGAACUGCAGAACGUGUGAAUUAUGAGCCGCCCAAAUCAGAUUUCACGAUUGACCUUCAACAUGAGAUUGCCCUCUACAUUUGGGAGGAAGGGAAGGGUCCUGCUUUGACUGCGGUGAAGGAAUUUUGCUCAGAGCUGCACAACUCAUCCUCCAAAGGAGACUGCGCUACAACCGUCAACACCUAUGUGUCCUCCUGUGGAAACCCUGUGCUGAAAGAGGACAUUUUUGUUGCUGUUAAAACAUGUCAGAGAUUUCAUGGAGAUAGAGUUCCUUUAGUUAAACAGACUUGGGAAAAAGAUGCUGCAUCGUUGGAAUACUACAGUGACAUCACAGACCCAUAUAUACCCACAAUCCACUUGGGAGUCCCUAACACAGAGAGAGGGCACUGUGCGAAAACAUUUGCCAUCCUGAGGAGGUUCGCGAAUGGGGUAGUAACACGAGUGCCUUGGUUACUCAUAGUGGAUGACGACACACUGAUCAGUCUACCCAGACUGCAAAGGCUGUUGAGUUGUUAUGAUCCAAAUGAAGCUGUGAGUGUUGGAGAGCGUUAUGGCUAUGGGCUUAGCAGAGGCGGCUACAGCUACAUCACGGGAGGUGGAGGGAUGGUGUUCAGUAGAGUUGCAGUGCAGAAUAUUCUGGCAGGUGGCUGCGGCUGCCGCAGUUCCGAUGCCCCUGAUGACAUGGUGUUAGGGAUGUGUCUGACCACACUGGGACUCCCGGUCACACACAGCCCACUUUUCCAUCAGGCCCGACCGGAUGAUUAUGUGAAAGAGCUUCUGGCACGGCAGAGCCCAAUCUCCUUCCACAAAUACUGGAACAUCAACCCUGUGGCUGUUUACCAGCGCUGGCUUACAGAGCCUAAACUAAAGAGACCACACUCACUCACAAAGACCAGAGAGGAGCUGUAGAUGGAGCUUAUGGAAUUUUCAGAACAUUCUCCUGUCUUCCAUUGGUUGUUACAAGCAAUGUAUUCCUGCUCCGAACUGUUUGUUCCACAGAGCCACAUUUAAGAGGAAAAAUCAUGUAGUCAUAUAGUUAUCUCUACAUCUCCCUUCACUAUUUAUUCUGGGUAUAAAGAAAUAAUGCUUCAACAGUUUGUCCACUUUAAUAACUUCCUCUUUCCGAACACUUGGAGUAGACGCUUGAAAAACACCAGUUCAUUUAGAACUUGUUUGGUUAGUCAUGCUUCUCUUUUAGAUGGAUUUUUAUUUUCCAGUUUUACACUCAAGAACUCUUACAGUCUAUAGUAUACGUAAGGGAAAACGCUGUCAGGAGACUUUCUGUUCACUUGUGGUUCACUUUCUGCCUUGCAUUCUUUACUCAAGAGUACACGUUGACAGGGUCAAAGUUACGGCCUGUGCUUUGAGCUGUUGUUUGAGUAGCAAUUAAUCUUGCAUUUUGUCCGGUAUGUUGUCCAUCCGACCACCCUUUUUACUUGUCAUAUCUCUGAUAAUCUGCUAGACGAUAACAAGGAGUUGUUUCCCAGAACCUACUCUGUCAUGUUAAGGCUUAAUAGUAAACUUUCCACUAGGGCUGAAUGAGACAUCUCAGCUCAGAGACCAUCAUUUGGCUGGUCAUGUUUUUCUCAACAUAAAGAAUAGUCCUCAUUGUCUUUUGCUAGCUUAUUUGACAGCAAAAAACUGAGCAAUGAAAAAGAACAGCAACACUUGAACAAUGAAGAGAAGAAUUUAGUGAACUUUCAAAGCCCCAUGGAAAUUACAGAGAACAACAAGAAAUAACAUCUCAGUUAAAUGCUUAAAGACCCUCAAGGUGCAUUUAUUUCUUUUUGUAUUUUUUUUUUUUUUUUUUUUUUUUUUCCUUUUUAGAAAUGGGAUCAAAUUUAUUAUUGUUAAAACAUGAUGUAUUUUCCUCCUGGUCUACUAACAAGCUCUGGAGUGAAGCUCUGUUCCAAAAUCUAGUGAGCAUAGACAGCGACCAAACCGAAAUGAGAUCAGGCAAAUGACUGAUUUGAAGCUUAUCUUGGGCAUCAAAUCACUUGCACGAUACAAAUUGUGCUCCUCAUGUGAACGGAUGAGACUAGAUGCUCUUUUAAGCACUAAAAUGCAGUUUUAACUUGUUUAUUCUGCUUGUUUUAUUAUAAUUAUGAUUUGGAUUUCAUUUUAUUAUUAAACUUUGUAAUAUUAAUUUAUCAAACUUUUUUACAUCUUUAUUACAGUAUUCAUAUUAUUUUGUAUAAAUCUUAAUGGAACAAGGAAAUGGACCAUUUAGUUUUUGUGAUUUGUAUUCAUAAAUUUAAAAAACAAAAAUUAAAAUGUUUAAAUUUAUGAAUCACCUAAAGUAAACUAAACGGUCCAUUCUCUUGUUCCAUUAAGAUUUUACAAAAUGCUUUAAGCUCUAUUUUUAUUUUAUUUUAUUUUUUUUUUUUUUAUUAAAAUUCUUAAUAAAUAAUAUGAAUAAUAGGGAAGGAUUAUUCAAUUCAAUUUGAUGGAAUUUUACUAUACAAUUGAAAUUUGUAAAUCUUUUUUUAAUGUAAUGUUAACAAAUUUAAAGUGUUACCAAUAAAACACUAGAAAAAUGUUUUGUGCCAUGUUUUAAGCUGUAAAAACUAAAAUAAAUUGUCAAAUAUUACUGAGUUACGUAUUAUUUGAUUCAUUCACGGAUCUAUCUGUCAUUCACUCUCUUAUUAUUCAUUCAUAUUUCCCACCAACCUCAACAAUGUUCAAACGAGGAGGUCUGUGUUUAAUACAUGGGCCAUCUGUGUUUUUGUGUGAAAUAUGCUGCUAAAUUGUCAAAGGAUAGCCUAUGCAUUCCUCGGAAGAAGGGGAAUGUAAUCCAUUGUGACCACCCCACCCCCCCCUCCCCUGAAGACAGAUUUGCUCUGAUAUCUUGGCAGCAUUUGAUAGGAUUCAGUUGGCAACACUGUGUUCUUUAGAAGCAGUGAGUCUCCAUUUACUUCACUGAAGUUUGACAGUGUCUCUUUCUCUUUUGAAACUAGAAUAUUGUUGAACAUUGUUGUACCCAUGGAUAAUAUGCAUGCAUCCACCUUGAAAUCUACAAGAGAUGGAUAAUGAUUUAAAUGUAUGUAUUAGCAUUUCUCUUCUGGAAAUUAUCUCUUUAUAGCAACCACUGAAUCCUUUUUUCAUUUUAUAUGGUAGUUCAGUGGAGCCAGGGAAAGAAGCUCAAAGAAGCUUCUGGGCGUCAGUCAGGAUUUGAGCUUAUACGUGUAAAGUGACUCACAGCAAGAGAGCUGAACAACAUUUAAGGAAAAACUCCCAGAAAUGCACUCUUGCUGAGAUACUUGCUGAUUUAUUUCAAAUGACCCUUUGGGGUUUUGCCUGUUUUCAAGCUUUUUUCUAAGCUUUUUGUGUUUCUCUCUUGCUGCUGUCCAUAGAUAAUACUAUCAUUUUUCAAGUAGAAUAGAACAAAAUACUCUCACGAAUAGAAAGCCUUAGGAUUCAGCUGUUUUAACUUCACUUAAUUGAAUCAGUCCUAUCAUUUAGCAAGUCUUGUCAUGUGUUUUUUUUUUAUUUGACUUCAAUGCCUAAGAUUCAUGCUGUACAAAGGCACAUUUGGUUUUUUUUUUUAAUUUGCUAAAUGACCAUACAUGUCUGAUUAAAAAUGGUGGAAGUGGAGCACACAAAAUGUUUUGUAAUCCAGUUUGGGGUGCUUUAUUUAUUUUUUUUAAUUUUUUUAUUUGGACUAAAGUUUAAAAUGAAUUCUUUCUUUAGAAGUUCUUUUCAAAGAAUUUGUAAUGCUCUAGUUUAACCGUGACCAAUGAAGUGAUGUUAUCGGUUAUUGUAGUGCGCUGUGUUGUCUUAUGUGAACUUGCCUUACUUUCUACAUCCAGUUAUUUUUAUGAUUUAUAAUUUAAAUAAAUUGACUAGAAUAAAAAGUGCUACUGUAAAGGUU